CGGAAAUGACAGUAAACUUUUUGUUGAUGCGGAAGAGAGACGAACCUUCGGGAUUGUUUUCCGAUUGAAGUUGGCACAAAAUGACACACAAGUAACAAGAAACAGAAAAAAGGCGAGAGAUAGUUUGUUUAUGAUUUUAUUUUAAGCGACAGCUUAAAGUUGGACCGACAUUACAGGAGCUAAUGGCUGGUAGUAACUUACAGAAAGCUAUAGAUCUGGCCAACAAAGCUGCAGAGGAGGACAAAGCCAAAAACUAUGAAGAGGCCCUCAGAUGUUAUCAGCAUGCAGUGCAGUACUUCCUUCAUGUUGUCAAGUAUGAGACUCAGGGUGUGCGAGCAAAGCAGAGCAUCAGGGAUAAGUGUGCUGACUAUCUGGACAGAGCCGAGCAGCUGAAGGAAUAUCUGAAGAAGAAGGAGAUGAGUCCUCCAGCCAAACCUGUCAAAGAGUCCCAGUCUGAUGACAAAGGGAAUGAAAGUGAUGAAGGGGAAGACCAAGAGAAGAAGAAGUUCCAAAAUCAACUCUCAGGUGCCAUUGUCAUGGAAAAGCCAAACAUUAAGUGGGAUGAUGUCGCUGGACUUGAAGGGGCCAAAGAAGCCUUGAAGGAAGCAGUUAUUCUGCCUAUCAAAUUCCCUCAUCUGUUCACAGGAAAGCGAACACCUUGGCGGGGGAUCCUUCUCUUCGGCCCUCCAGGAACAGGGAAAUCCUACCUGGCUAAGGCGGUAGCCACUGAGGCCAACAACUCCACCUUCUUCUCCAUCUCCUCCUCCGACCUCGUGUCCAAGUGGUUAGGGGAAAGUGAAAAGUUGGUGAAGAACCUUUUCAGCUUAGCUCGAGAGCACAAACCAUCCAUCAUUUUCAUUGAUGAGAUCGACUCCCUCUGUGGCUCCAGGAGCGAGAACGAGAGCGAGGCAGCGCGCAGAAUCAAGACCGAGUUCCUCGUUCAGAUGCAGGGUGUUGGAAAUGAUAAUGAGGGAAUCCUGGUCCUGGGAGCCACAAACAUACCAUGGACAUUGGACUCAGCUAUCAGGAGAAGGUUUGAAAAGCGAAUCUACAUUCCUCUUCCUGAAGAGCACGCCCGUGCCUUCAUGUUCAAACUGCAUCUGGGAUCCACCCCCAACAACCUGACGGAGGAAGACUUCAGCACUCUGGGCAAAAAGACAGAAGGCUACUCCGGGGCCGACAUCAGUAUUAUCGUCAGGGAUGCCCUCAUGCAACCUGUCAGGAAGGUUCAGUCAGCCACUCACUUCAAAAAGGUCCGGGGGUCUUCAUGGAACAAUCCGGGCGUUGUGGUGGAAGACCUCCUGACUCCAUGCUCACCAGGAGAUCCCAACGCCAUAGAGAUGACGUGGAUAGAUGUUCCUGGGGAGAAACUUCUGGAGCCAGUCGUGUGCAUGGCCGACAUGCUGAGGUCACUUACAAACACCAAGCCGACAGUGAAUGAGCAAGACUUGGAGAAGCUGAAGAAGUUCACUGAAGAUUUUGGCCAAGAAGGCUAGCACUGAUCACACUCUACUGAUGAAAUGGACUGCAACUAACAAAUACUUUCACUGUCAGUUAUGGUUUUGAAAGACUGAUUAAUCUAUUGGUCUGUAACAGGUCACUGGAGCCCAGAGUUUUCAGUUUCUUAUUCUUCUUAGAACUGACUACAAUGAUUAAUCAGUGAUCAAAAUCUUAAUUGAUCACUUUUUUGUCAAUCUGCUAACCAAUUAAUCAACUGUUUCAGCACUAUUUAUUGCUACUGUAUCAACCCACUGAUGCUCAUGUUUACAUUUACUUAUUUGUAAGGUUUCAUAUUUCUUUUACUCAGUGAUUUUACUUUGCAUCUCUCAAACCAAAAAGAUAAUAGUCUUUUUUUUUUUUUUUUUUUUUUAAGAAAAAAUGUUGUCUCUCCAGGACCUAUAAUAAGUCAAUGCACCUUUCCAACACUACAUACCUCUCAUUAGAGUCUAAGGGGGAUUAUAUUGCACUUAAUAGAAUUAGUUUCAGGGUUGGAUUUUAGUAAAUGGCAAGUUAUACUGUAACAGUUUGAAAAGCACAGUCAUUAACACGUGCAAAUAAUUAGGGUGUAAUUAAAAACAUAUCACAUAUAGGUGUGAGGCUAUUUUAAAAAGGAGCAUCAAUGAAAAACUACAUUCUACAUAUGAAGAUGUCAUUACCAGCUUCAAACAGGGUCUUCUGGCUUCCUACAGUUACUGAAUUUUAAGGGGCACAUAAAUUAUUGGACAAUAAUGCUUUUUAAAGUAUUUUUAAAUUUUGAUCUAUGUUCAUGCAUUGGCAUUGAACUACGAUGUCUAUGUUUCUACUUUUAAGGUUCAGACAUGUCAAUGUCUGUUCUCAGUUAUUUAUAGAUCCUGUCUAUGUGCUCAAACUGUGUUGCCUUUAGAUUUGAGAUAUGCUUUUAUUUAAGAGUUUAUUUUGGGGUUUACAGGGGUUACUUUUUGGUAAUAUGAGUGAAACUUGAGGUGGUCAUUUGCACUUGUACAUGACAUGUUCUGUGAACAAAAGUCUCAGGGUGAAAUAAACAAAAUAAAAACAAGA